AUGGGUUCCAAAACACCGAAUGAGCACCACGGAGGUUCUGAUGGAUCCUCAACCCGUGGUGCAAUUGCAAAUGUCAAUCCUCCCAAGACCGCAGCAGCCACUGGUCUGGUUUCCGGCGUGCUUGAAGAACAGGAUGACGACGGUGACGGAGAUGGAAGUGAUCACAUUGGAUGCGACUUGAAAGCCAGCAACAAAAAGAGAAAGAACAACAAGAAGAAGAAACAGGUGUCUGGCACAAAGCAGACAGCCCCUCCAAAGGUCGCGCUUGCCAAUAUCUUCCAUGGCAACAAGUACCCUGAGGGCGAGAUCGUCGAGUAUACGGUCAAAGAUGACAACCUGCACCGAACCACUUCUGAAGAACUUCGUCAUCAAGAUGCCAUCAAGAACAUGGACGAUAGCUUCUUGACUGACUAUCGCAAAGCUGCCGAAGUCCAUCGUCAGGUUCGCCAAUAUGUACAGACGAUCGCCAAACCCGGCGUCACGAUGAGCAGGCUUGCCGACGAGGUCGAAGAGGGCGUUCGAGCAUUGACAGGUCAUCAAGGCCUCCAAACCGGAGACGCACUCAAGGCUGGCAUGGGUUUCCCGACUGGAUUGUGCUUGAACAAUGUUGGUGCCCAUUGGACUCCCAAUCCAGGUGGCAAAGAGGUCGUGCUUCAAUAUGACGAUGUUUUGAAGGUCGAUUUUGGAGUCCAUAUCAAUGGCAGGAUCGUGGAUAGCGCAUUUACCGUCGCUGCUAACCCUGUCUACGACAACUUGCUGACCGCAGUCAAAGAAGCCACCAACACUGGACUCAAGACCAAGACAAACCAACGCAUGGAAGAAGGCGACAUCUUUGCGAUCGAGACUUUCGGUACCACUGGCAAUGGCUGGCUUGAAGAUGAUGUUGGUAUCUACGGAUAUGGUCGCAAUAAGCAUGUCCGUCCUAGUGGCCUGCAAUUCGCAUCUGCAAAGUCGCUUCUCAAGACCAUCGACGAGAACUUCGGGACAUUGGUCUUCUCCAGACGCUACCUCGAGCAUUUGGGAGUCAAGAACUACCAUCUAGGCAUGAAAUCACUGAUUGCUAGUGGCGUUGUUGAGGACUAUGCGCCUCUGGUCGAUAUACCAGGAUCUUAUAUCGCCCAACUCGAGCAUACUGUCCUGCUCAGACCCAACUGCAAAGAAGUGGUCUCUCGUGGUGAUGACUACUAG